UUAUUUAAACUUCAACUUGUAUACAACACUAAUAACAUGUCAAUUAAAAUGUACUUCUUAAUUUGUUUGAUAUUACUUCCAAAUUAUGUUGAAUUGAAAAAUUACAAGAAAAAGUAUUUGGUAACGGAGGACCAAGUUGAUGAUAAAGACAACGAGGAUAUUAAAUGGAUGUUAUUGCCCAAUGGUCGAGGUGAUCCACAAUUGGCUAUUCUGUCUGGGUUGGAACGCAAUUCCGAACAAGAACCAUUAAUUGAAAACAUUAAAUUUUAUUUGUAUACGAGAGAUAAUCCAAUAAAGGCAGAAGAACAAUUAAUGGAUAAAAAAUGUUUACCAGUAUUUAAGUAUUUUCGACCAGAGAGAAAAUCUAAAGUUUUGGUGCAUGGAUUUGGCGACAGUGCUACGGAUUCUAUUAUGUUUCCUUUACUUAGAGAUGCAUUUUUGGGUUACAACGAUUAUAAUGUAUUUACCGUGGAUUGGUCAGAACUAGCUGCUGUUCCGUGGUACAACUCGGCAGCAAAAAAUACCAAACAUGUAUCUAAACAUUUGGCUUUAUUUAUUGAUCAUAUGACAUCAUCCACGGGUGCUCGCGCAGAAGAUUUUCAUUUAGUUGGAUUUUCGCUAGGAGCUCAUGUUGUUAGCCUAACAAAUAAUGAAAUGAAGUAUGGAAAAGUCAAGCACAUAACCGGACUCGACCCAGCAGAGGUUUUAUUUUCGAAUUCAGGUCCCGACGAACGUCUUGAUUAUAGUCAUGCCAAACUAGUUGAAGUGGUACAUACCUCUGGAGGGUUUCUUGGGUUUAAAAAAAAUUUAGGACACCGAGAUUUCUAUCCAAACGGCGGCGAUUGGCCUCAACCUGGCUGUGUUAUUGAUUACGCAUCGGUUUGCAGUCAUCGAAGAGCUUAUUAUUACUAUAGCGAAGCUAUAAACAAGGGAGAUGCGUUUACUGCUAUUCCAUGUGCCUCUUACGAAGAUUACAAUAAAGGGUUGUGUUCAAACAAUACAGAUCUUGCGGUUCAGUUAGGAAAAUCGCCCUACGAUAAGUCGAAAGAAGGUAAUUAUUUCUUAAAUACAAAUCCAAGUUCUCCCUAUGGUAAAGUAAGUAGAAAUAAAAAUUAACAACUACAAAAAAACUUUAUGCAUGUAAUAUAAAUUUAAAAACCAAUUAUAAUAUAUUAUUAUUUAUCACUAGAAAUUUUCAUAUAUUUAAAUUAUAAAUAAAACCAUGUCUAUGUAUUUAUCUAAUGCAUAAU